AAAGUCUUGGUGGGCCCAGACCGUCACUCCAGAGCCGGCUCUUCGCGGCCCGGAGCCCAGUGAAGGCCGCGGGGCGCCGGGACCGCUCGGUCCCCGGGACCUUCGCGCUGGGAACCGUUUCCGGGGCGGAUGCUUUUUACAGCUGAUCCGGCGCGGCCUGUGACGCGAAGGCCCAGGCGGAAGUGCAGGCGGAGGGUCCGAGUCGGUUCCCGGACUGGGAGCAGGUCUCGGGGCUCCGGGCUGGGGGCCGGCUGGGCUCCCGCGAUGGCAACCCUGUGCGGAGGCCUCCUCCGCCUUGGCUCAGUGCUCAGCCUGUCCUGCCUGGCGCUCUCCGCGCUGGUGCAGCUGACAGACGCCGCCAAGAAUUUUGAAGAUGUCCGAUGUAAAUGUAUCUGUCCUCCCUAUAAGGAGAAUCCUGGCCAUAUUUAUAAUAAGAACAUAUCCCAAAAAGAUUGUUUCGAUCUAAAUAUCUCCCAACAGCCCCAUGUACUUGAGAGGCAGGACUUUUGGAAGCUGGUCACCAUUAUAAUUUAUCUCUCUAUUUUGGGUCUCCUACUUCUGUACAUGGUAUAUCUUACCCUGGUGGAGCCCAUACUGAAGAGGCGCCUCUUUGGACACUCGCAGUUGAUACAGAGUGAUGAUGAUGUUGGGGAUCAUCAGCCUUUUGCAAAUGCUCAUGAUGUCCUGGCCCGCUCCCGCAGUCGACCCAAUGUUCUGAACAAGGUGGAGUAUGCACAGCAGCGCUGGAAGCUUCAAGUUCAAGAGCAGCGAAAAUCUGUCUUUGACCGACAUGUUGUCCUCAGCUAAUGGAAAUCAAAUCCAAGAUGACUAGAAAGAAACGAGGCAGACAUCUGGAAAGAACUGAGUUUCCUGGGUUUUCUUUUACUACCCUGUUGAUCUUAUCAACUCUUGCUGGAAGACUCAAAAUUGGAAGCAAAAACAUGCUUAGUAUUUUUUUCUUGUUAAUGUAUUAAUAGAGACAUUUUAAAAGCACACAGUUCAAAGUCAGCCAGCAAGCCUUUUCCUACUUGUGACUUUUACUAAUAAAAUUAAGUCUGCCUGUAAA